AUGUCCACUCUAAUAAUAAUAAUAAUAAUUUUCUUCUCCUUUUUAAUAAACUUGUCUUACUCAAUAGAUUUAUGUAACUCUUUAAACUCGGCUCAAUCCCAAGUCUCAGUAUCAAUCUACCAAUCCAAUGGUCUAUGUCAAAACCACUGUUCAGAUCUAAACUAUGCCUAUGCUAUUCUCCUAAAUAAAAACUGCUGGUGCUCAAAUCUAACUCCUGAUCCUGAUGAUGAUGUUUCAACCAGUGAGUGUAACGAUUCUUGUCCCGGCUAUCCAGAUGAUAGUUGUGGUAGUGUUAGCGACUCUUAUUACGCUUACAUCCAAAUA